AUGCAGCUGUCCAACACCCUCACACCUGUGGCUGUUUUGUUUUGCUCCACUGUGCUAAUCCCUGGUGGUGGUGAGCCAGUCUUCAACAAAAGGGAUCACUCUGACGCAGUGAGGAACAACUGGCACGCUCCCCGCAUCUUCACUAUUGGAACAGCAGAGGAAUAUUUGAAAAAAUUUGGCUGGGGUCAACCUGUGGAUUGGGAACACCAAGCAAAUGGUAAGGACGUGGCUCCAAAGGAAGACAACCCUGUUGCUGGAGAAGUGCCUCAGAUCAUGACUGAAGGACUUUCUGGAGAGACAGCCGCAAGGAAUGCUCCAAAGGCAGCCACAGACCACCCAUCUUAUCUUCAGAACCUCAAGGAAUUCCAAGAAGCUAAUGGGCUGAGACCUACUGGAGUCCUUGACAACGUCACACUUGAGAUAAUGAAUCUGCCUCGUUGCGGUGUGCCUGAUAAGAUGCGCCUGGAAAACAGCUCCCAGGUCAACGGAACGACACACAACAAGUCCAACAACAGUACCUCGGAGACCACCCAGCCAGAAACAGAGCAGAGAUCUGCCAGGAAUAAGCGUUUCCUUGCCAGACUGGUGGAACAUUCCAGAAAGAAGCGAGAGAGCCUGGAUGCCCUUGGAGGAGCAUCCACCAGCAUGGGCUUCUCAAAGAGAAAACUGAAAUGGCGCCUUAUGGAUGAAGCCUUCACCAUCCAAAUGAGUGUCGAGCAGCAGAAAAGUAUCCUGCGAUUGGCCUUCCGGUUGUGGAGUGAGGUGACCCCACUGGAGUUCGAGGAGGAUCUGGUUUCUCUUCCUGCUGAAAUUAACAUCAAAUUGGGCUUUGGAACAGGGCAACACUUUGGCUGUUCUCAGGACUUUGAUGGGACAGGACAAAUCUUUGCCCAUGCCUGGUAUUUAGCAGAUAUCCACUUCGAUGAUGCUGAACAUUUUGUUGUCACCAACAACGGUCAAGGCAUUAGCCUCCUCAUGGUUGCUGUCCAUGAAAUUGGCCAUGCACUUGGCUUGCCCCAUCUCCUUCGAACAGGCUCUGUUAUGCACCCAAAUUACAACACGCAUGGUGAAAACUUUGAACUAGACUGGUUAGACAGGAAGGCUAUACAACGUUUAUAUGGUGUUUGUGAAGGUGCUUUCAGUACAGUUUUUGACUGGAUCUACCAGCGUAAGAAUUCCGAUGGCACUGUGACUUACCACUUCAACACGUACUUCUUCAGAAAGAGCUGGUACUGGCUGUAUGAAAACAGAAGCAACAGAACUCGCUAUGGAGAUCCAAUUCCCAUCUCCAUUGGAUGGCGAAAUCUUCCUGAAUCAGAUAUAGAUGCUUUUGUUCAUAUCUGGGCCUGGAGUAACAAUUUUGAGGAGAAAAGAGAUGUACAGUACUUCUUCAAAGGGACACAGUACUGGCACUACGACCCCAUUAAUGAUAUGGCUUUUACUCAAGACGCACAUGGCAACACCUACCCCAAGCCCAUCAGUGAAGGGUUCCCCGAUGUCCCCAACCCAAUAGACACAGCUUAUUUCAACAGAAAUGACAGGAGCAUUUAUUUCUUCAAAGGUGAUGAGGUGACUGCCUUCAGCAUCGAUGUUAACCAGAAGGUGAAUGGCUUUCCCAAAAAGAUAGUGGACUUCUUUCCAUCAACGGUGGCUGGAGACCACCCUGUGACCAACCUAGAUGCAGCCUUUUAUUCCUACACUCACCGUGCUCUCUUCCUCAUAAAGGACCACUACUCCUGGAAGGUGGUGACUGAAGAGGAGCGUCAAGCCAACCCCGCACUGCUGGCCAGAGGCUUGCGUGGCCGCAUCAGAGUGUCCGAGCAGUGGUUCGAUAUCUGCGAUGUCCAUUCGUCAAUGCUCAGCCUGUCAUCUGGUUAA